AUGUCAUUUGUUUACGGUGAUCCAGUAGUUAAGCUACGUGAUAAUGUUUGGGAACGCCUGACACGGAUGGGGACAACAAGGACGGAUCCAUGGUUUCUUAUAGGAGAUUUUAAUGAGAUCACAAGCAACCAUGAAAAGCAAGGAGGCGCCUUAAGGCAGGCAUCGACUUUCAUUCCGUUUAAUCUGAUGAUAAGUGACUGUGGUUUGGUGGAUUUCCCGAGUCGGGGAAAUACCCUGUCAUGGCGAGGUAGACGCAGAGGUAAAUUAGUAAGGUGUCGACUAGAUAGAGCGUUAGCUACAGAAGAGUGGCAUGAUUUAUUUCCUUGCUCUCACGUGGAAUAUUUAGCAUGGUUGGGUCGGAUCACAGACCAAUUCUAG